GUCGGUGAGCCUCGUUACGACUCGGCUGUGGCUGCGGUGAGCCCGGCAGGGCUGCACGACAGCGCCAGGACGAGAGGACGCCACCACCACAACCCCGCCAUCCUCCUCCCGUCCCCUCCGUCCACGCAAUUCCCCGGCGUCUCUGCACCUCUCAGCCUGGUUUGGCACUGUUCUACUGGGCUCUCCGCCCACCUGUCUGCCUGCCUGUACACUCACCUCUCCAUCCGCUUCGCCACCCACCACUCCAUCCGUCUCACCCCUCCGCCUCUCCACUUGUCCACCUCUCCAUUCACCGCUCCUCAGCACCCAUCUCCCCGCCUGGUUCUCCUCCUUUGCCAACUUCACCUCUCUGCCAACGUCACUACUUCACCAUUCACCUCUGCAUCUUCUUCUCAGCCCAUCAAUCCACGCAACCUUUCACCUCACUGCUCACCUCCUACCUGCCCAUCCAAUUCACCCGUCUGCUCACAUCACCACGUACCUCUUAAUCUUGUCUCUCCACCUAACCAUUCGCCUCUCCACCUCGCCUCCUGCUUCUCCACCACACUGCCCCUACCCCCUCUGCAGCCUCUCCACCUCUCCGCUCCCCUCUCCGUCCACCCAUCGGGCCCGUUGUUCCGCCCGCCCCUCCGCCGGCAGCGGCAGAUCGGCGUGGCGGCGGCGACGGCGGCGGCGAUGAGCGAGCAACACGCGCUGCGGCCGCGCCGCAUCGACAGCCAGAACGUGGUGCACCGGCUGGACGGGCGGCGGGUGAGCUCGGGCCCGCCGGGCGCCCAGUGGUACGGCGUGCGCCGCCUCCACCAGAACGUGCUGCCCAACUUCACGGUGGUGAACGUGGAGAAGCCGCCGUGCUUCCUGCGCAAGUUCUCCCCCGACGGGCGCUACUUUGUGGCCUUCUCCGCCGACCAGACGUCGCUGGAGAUCUACCGCUACCGGGGCUGCCAGGCGGCCGAGGACCUCCUGCAGGACUUUGACGGAGACGUUCUGGUGAACGGCGUCGGCGCCGGCUCUUCCGCCGGCGCCGACGCCGCCGGUUCCCCCGGCGGGCCGGCGCCCGACCCCCGCGCCGCGGCCGUGUGCAGCCGCCUGUUUGAGCGCUUCUUCGAGCUGGCGCACGUGACGGCGGCGGCACCGCCGGGCGAGCACCUGAACCGCGAGUGUAGCCUCUUCACUGACGACUGCCGCCACGUGGUGGUGGGCUCGGCGGCGUACCACCCCGACGAUCAGCAGCCCAUGUUCUACGAGGUUUAUCGCAACAACGAGUCGGUGACGCCGAACCCUCGCUCUCCACUCGAGGAUUACUCGCUGCACAUCGUGGACCUGCACACGGGCCGCCUCUGCGACUCGCGCCACUUCAAGUGUGACAAGAUCUUCCUGUCGCACAACCAGGGCCUCUACCUCUACCGCAACAUCCUCGCCGUGCUCUCCGUGCAGCAGCAGACCAUUCACGUCUUCCAGGUGACGAGCGAGGGAACGUUCAUCGACGUCCGCUCCAUCGGCCGCUUCUGCUACGAGGAUGACCUCUUGACCCUGGGCGCUGUGUAUCCGUGCACCCACCCGGGGGGUAGCGGCAACGCAAACGGCGCAGGCGUGGGCGGCCUGCGCGCGUUCUGCGAGCCCACCAUCAACUCGCUGAAGCACCGUCUGCUCGUGCACCUGUGGCGGCGCGCCGAGAGGGAGGGCGACGCGACGGCGCGGCGCCGCUUCUUCCAGCGCUUCGACCAGCUGCGCGCACUGCGCAUGUGGAAGAUGCAGCUGCUGGACGAGAGCCACCUGCUGGUGAAGUACGCCGGGGAGGACGUCGUCACGCUCAAGGUCACCGACCCCUCGCAGCAGCCGUCGUUCUUCGUGGUGUACAAUAUGGUGAGCACCGAGGUGCUGGCGGUCUUCGAGAACACCUCCGAGGAGCUCCUGGAUUUGUUCGAGAACUUCUGCGACCUCUUCCGCAACGCAACGCUGCACAGCGACGCCGCGCAGUUCCCCUGCUCCGCCUCCAGCAACAACCACGCGCGGCAGAUCCAGCGCAGGUUCAAGCACACGAUCAUCAACGCCAAGUACGGCGGCAACACGGAGGCGGUGAAGCGGCUGCUGGCUCAACUGCCCAUCAGUGCGCAGUCCUACAGCAGCAGCCCGUACCUCGACCUGUCGCUCUUCAGCUACGACGACAAGUGGGUCUCGGUCAUGGAGCGGCCCAAGGCCUGCGGAGACCACCCGAUACGGUUUUACGCUCGCGACUCCGGCCUGCUCAAGUUCAAGAUCCAGGCGGGGAUGCUGGGGCGCCCCGUCCCUCCGUCGGCGCGCCGCCUCGUGGCGUUCACCUUCCACCCGUCCGAGCCCUUCGCCAUCUCCGUGCAGCGCACCAACGCCGAGUACGUCGUCAACUUCCACAUGCGGCACGUGUGCACCAAGGAGCUGGUGGCGGCGGGGGCUGCGCCAGCGCGGCCGGGCACUAGCGCCGGAGCCGGGAGGUAAUCAAAAAUAAAAUUGAACAAAAACUGGAAACAUUUCAAGGGAAGCUGAAAACGCGAAAUUGUUCAACGUUCAAGGAUUGGGUUUGAUCGUCGCCCAAAAGUGUCUCGCAGAAGCUCAAGAGAAGUGUCAAGCUGCUGGUGGAAUUGGUCCAUCAGCAAGGUUGGACCUUUGUCAGGCAACAAUGUCGGAGCAGUUAAAAAAAAAAGAACUGAUAAAAGCGAAUGGAAAAAACUGUGGAAGCGGAUGUUGUAAAGUCAAUUCCUGUUGGAAUCGACAUCUGGCCGGGCAUCAAGUAGGAUAUGUCACCACCGUCUCUGGUUCAUCGACAAGGCCUCACCCUUAUUGUUCCAUCACCUGAGAGGGUCGUGACGUAUCAUUCCCGCUACAGGGUGAUGGUCUUGGCAGCCGUCACUUACUCUGUACGAAUCGCAGAGUUACGCACAGUCAUCAAAAUGGAAUCGACGCCGCAAAUCCGAGCGGUGUUUUAUUUUUUCUAAUAAAUUCUUAUUGGACUCGCAGUGUGAACAUGAAAAUGGGGGUAAGUGCAGGUAUUCAUUAUUUCAAUUUUUAUUUUUUCUUAAAAAUAUAACGUGGGUGUGUAUACAGAGGGUACCAUGUGUGGCUUUGGUGGGUGCAUUAUUGCUUUGUUCCGUCAAACAUUCAUUUGUACAAGCAGUGUGCCUACGGUGUCAAUGUAAAACUUUAACAUUUUAAACUCCAUUUUUGACGGGAUCGAGGUUUCCAUUGCCUUAGCGUGAUUGCGUGCAGAUUUGGGAAGAUUUCGUGACACCAGCCACAAUGGACUAAAAACAUGGCCUCGGUUUUAGCGAGAACAUGGGGAGUUAAUGAGUUUUGUAUCUUUUAGACCACAAUUAAGCAGCCUUUCACUUACAAAGCGGGGAGUUAUCUGCACAAUACAAUGCCGUGUACAGCCAUUAUCACUACAAUGGAUAUUGCAUCAUUGCCUCCUGCUGACAGCAUAGGCGUGCAGCAGCGUAUGUAACACCCUUUUUUAUGCAGGGUAGUCAAUCUAAGCAUUAUGCAGGCUCAGCUCUGCUUAGUAUCAGAGAUACGACGAGAUUGGAAGCUUUGCAGGUGAUUUUCGUCAUAAGCAAUUAAAAACAUGAAACACUCGUA